AUGCAAUGGAAGUACUCUUAUUUUCAAAUUAUAGUUACUUUCAUUUUAGUAUUGACUAUUACGAUUACGAUAUUUGCAUGUCUCUAUAUCUACAACUCAUCGGUCACUAGACGACUGGAACUUCAACAUAGAAGAUAUGGAUACCAUUUUGGGAAGAGAUUUCAAGCGAAAGAGAAUUUGAGAUCUUUGAAGAUGGUUCGACGUAUCACAAUAGUCGGUGUAUGCGGGUUUCUCGUUGCUGCUCUAUUCAUUUCUCUUGUUGCUUCACAAUUAUUACCUAAUUAUUUUCACAGAAUUAGUCUGCAAAUUUCGGAAAUAGCAUUGAAUUUAAACCCAUUAUUUAUUGUUCCGUCAGUAGCAGAUAGAGUUCCUCCUUGGAAGAACAAACUGAUUGAGACUAUGCCAAAAUUUAUACGAAAGAAAAACUCCUGCACCCGGACAGUUCGACCGAUGGAUUAUAGGGCAAGACGGACAGUUGUUGAGGAGACGAACACUUAUUGGACGCAAUAUUCAAAUAACUGGUGA